UCCCUUCCCCCGCUAGCCCCUACCUCUAUGACUAUCUUAGCAAGAAGCACCUCAAAUCUGACACAAAUUUUACACAGAAAAAAGCAGCCGGUUUAGAGAGAGAAAGCUGAGCUAGUCUAGAGAAAGAAAAUGGCAGCAACCGCAGCAGUUACAAUGGCCAUGCCAUUGACCAAUGCAACCCAAAAGAGGAUCCAAUCCUCAGCCGAGAGCUUGUUCAAGCCAAUGCCACUGAGGCCCUCAAAGGCAUUGGCACCCGCCGCGUCAAAAUCGAGCGGGAGGCUCCAAGUCAGGGCUUCCUUGAAGGAGAAGGCGGUGACCGGAAUCACGGCGGCCGCGCUCACCGCCUCAAUGGUGAUCCCGGAAGUGGCCGAAGCGGCCUCGGGAGUUUCUCCUUCUCUCAAGAACUUCUUGCUCAGCAUUGCGGCCGGCGGCGUUGUAGUUGUUGUGAUCGUUGGUGCUGUAGUUGGCGUGGCCAAUUUCGACCCUGUUAAGAGAGGCUGAGGAUACGAAGUAUUCACAAAUCUAUCUUAUUGUAUAUGUCAAGAAAUUUUUUCUGUCUGUUUUCCAUCUGUGUAAGAAGUGACUCUUAGGGCUAGUUUGGUAUUGCUGCUUUGAAAAAAAGCUGCUUCUGCUAUGCUGUAAAAAUAAGCAAAUGUAAAAUAAAGCAGCAGAGUGUUUGGUAAACUUUUUUGUAAAAAUGCUUUUGAAAAAAAAAGCAGUAUUAUAGUGUUUA